GAAAUUUUCAAAGGAAAGGGGAGAAGCUGAGCGAAGGAGAUUUGAGAGAAAAGAGAGAUGUCCUAUUUGCUACCGCAUCUGCACUCAGGGUGGGCAGUGGAUCAGGCGAUCCUGGCGGAGGAAGAGCGGCUCGUGGUCAUCCGGUUUGGUCACGACUGGGAUGAAACCUGCAUGCAGAUGGAUGAGGUGCUUGCUUCGGUUGCUGAGACCAUUAAGAACUUUGCUGUGAUAUAUCUUGUGGACAUAACUGAAGUGCCAGAUUUUAACACAAUGUACGAGCUGUAUGACCCAUCAACAGUCAUGUUCUUCUUUAGAAACAAGCACAUUAUGAUUGACCUUGGCACUGGGAAUAACAACAAGAUCAACUGGGCUCUCAAGGACAAGCAGGAGUUCAUUGACAUUGUUGAGACAGUGUAUCGUGGGGCAAGGAAGGGCCGUGGUCUGGUAAUUGCUCCAAAAGACUAUUCCACCAAGUACCGCUACUGAGGACUCUCAGAUUCUGUAAUUGAUUUUAAACAUGUUAAGAUCAUCUUCUGCAAACUUGUUGCAGACAAAUUGCAUAGGAAUUAAGUACAUGUGGGUGUCAUUUCUAGUUUUCUACUUCUUUGCAUAUUUGUGUGAUGUUACUUGUUUCUUUUGACAUCAAGGUUACUGGACAAAAUGAAUAAUAUUGGAUGUAUUUUGGAUAUUUUGAGACAUGAUUUAUAUUGUUUGUGAGUGGACUAUGCGUGGAAUAGAUUAAUUCAACGGAG